UUAAAUUAAAAAAGAAAGGACCAGCGGAAAAAAGGAAAAAAAGAGAGAGAGGAGAGAAAUAUAUAUAUAUACUCCACGCCACCCGGGCAACUUCGAGGGAGAAUUAAGGAAGAAGAGAAAAAGGAAAGGAAGAACGGCGGCCAGCAGGAACUGGGGAAGAGAGAGAGAAAAAGCAGGGAAGAGGAAUUAAAAAAAAGAGAGAAAGCCAAGCGACUGCAAAGUGGCCGGUCUUGGGUCGGGAGAUCCAGCCACCUCUCCAGGCCGGCCGGCAGCCGGACAGCCGCGCGGGCGCCGCCGUCGGAGGCAGCGGAUCCCGGGAGCGACCACGAGCGACGGGGGGGCGAGCGAUUUGGCCGAGGUGUCCCUUAGAUAUGGCAAUGGUAGUUGGCGCGUGGCGAGACCCGCAGGACGAUGUGGCCGGCCCGCAAGGAACGCAGCCCUCGCAAGCCCCUCCCGUGCCGGGACCCCCGACCGGCGCCCCACACACCCCACAGACGCCGGGCCAAGGGGGACCCCCCAGCACGCCGGCUCAGAACAGCCAGGGCAGCCAGGCCAGCCAAGGGGACAAGCAGCAGCAGCAGCAGCACAUCGAGUGCGUGGUGUGCGGGGACAAGUCCAGCGGCAAGCACUACGGGCAGUUCACGUGUGAAGGCUGCAAGAGUUUCUUCAAGCGCAGCGUCCGCAGGAACCUGAGCUACACGUGCCGCGCCAACCGGAACUGCCCCAUUGACCAGCACCACCGCAACCAGUGCCAAUACUGUCGGCUCAAAAAAUGCCUCAAGGUUGGCAUGAGACGGGAAGCCGUCCAGAGGGGCAGAAUGCCACCCACACAGCCGACGCACGGCCAGUUCGCCUUAACCAACGGAGACCCCUUGAACUGCCAUUCCUAUCUCUCGGGAUAUAUCUCGCUGUUGCUGAGGGCAGAGCCUUACCCGACCUCCCGCUUCGGCAGCCAGUGCAUGCAACCGAACAACAUUAUGGGCAUCGAGAACAUUUGCGAGUUGGCCGCCCGCAUGCUUUUCAGCGCCGUCGAGUGGGCCCGGAAUAUCCCCUUUUUCCCCGACCUCCAGAUCACUGACCAGGUGGCCCUGCUGAGGCUAACCUGGAGCGAAUUGUUUGUCCUCAACGCGGCCCAGUGCUCCAUGCCCCUCCACGUCGCCCCGCUGCUGGCCGCCGCCGGCCUCCACGCCUCGCCCAUGUCCGCCGACCGCGUCGUAGCUUUUAUGGACCACAUACGGAUCUUCCAAGAGCAGGUCGAGAAACUUAAGGCCUUACACGUGGAUUCGGCGGCUUUUAAUAUGCCUUACAAAACUGAGGUGUUUCUUCCUUAUGCGUGUGGUCUGUCCGACGUAGCACAUGUUGAAAGUUUACAAGAGAAGUCCCAGUGCGCUUUGGAAGAGUACGUGAGGAGUCAAUACCCGAACCAACCCACGCGGUUUGGCAAACUGUUGCUACGCCUUCCUUCCCUCCGCACCGUCUCUUCCUCAGUCAUAGAGCAGUUGUUUUUCGUCCGUUUGGUAGGUAAAACCCCCAUAGAAACCCUGAUCAGGGAUAUGUUACUGUCUGGAAGCAGUUUUAACUGGCCUUAUAUGGCCAUUCAAUAAGGAGAAGAAGAAAAAAAAACAAACCAACCAACCAAGAGAUGUUGGAGAGAGGGGAGCAAAAAAACAAACAAACAACCACACACCCCCCCACAAAUCAGAGAGUUUGGGGGAAAAUGGGAAAAAUGGAUUUGCGAGUGACAUUUUGGGGUCUGGCGGUUUUUUUAAACGUCCUUCAGCUUGUCGAGGAUGUUACAGCGUGACUAGAAGAAGAGAGAAUAAUUUGAAUGGACUAUGAAUUUUAAAAAGAGAGAGAGACUUAAAUGAACUUUUUACAAAAUGCAUUGCGAAUAUUCCCUUGUUGUUCAGAAGUUGUUACUUCUCUCUCUUUCUCUCCUCUUAAUCUCUUUCUCUGUCUCAUUGUUUAAAAAGAAAAAAGAAAAAAAGAAAAAGUUUUUUUCUUCCCCCCCCCCCUUUUUGUUGUGGGGGUGGGGGUGGGUUGUCUUUGAAACACAAUCUCUCCCUGACAAUGCAUUUAGAGACAACCUGGAGAAAAUUAACCGAAAGGAAAGACGUUUUCUCUUCGCUUCUCUCUCUCUUUUCCAAAUUAUUAAUUUGUCAUACAUUGUCUGUGUACCUAGAGGGUUUUGUUUCGGGUUGUUGUUUUUUUUUUUUAAUUAUUUCUUUCCUGGUUCCAAACCAGUUUAUUCUGUGGUUCUAUAAUAAUUUUGAUAUAAUCUUGGCUUCAUUUCUUUUUUUUUUCUUUUUUUAAAACUGUGUAUCCUUUAAAAAAAAUAUAUGUUCUGAAAGAAUUAAAACUGUUCUAGGAAGUUUAUGAAAUGAAGGCAAAAGGAGAAAAAAAAAUCCCCCAUAAUAGAAAAGUUGGAAGCGCACUUAAAAACCAGUCCAUCAAAAUUUAGCUCCAAGCUAUUACAGCUAUAAUUAUACAGAUCUGCCCAAAAGAGAGCCACGACUACCCCCCCACAGCCCACCCACCCUUGACUAGGUUUUUUUUAUAUAUAUAUAUUUUAAAGACAAGAUAUGGAUUUUGGAAGGGAAUGGGUAUUUCUUGGAGGGAGAUAGACUUGUGUCUAAGACACAACACAGUUAUGAUGGAAACACACACACACACAAACAACCACACACAGAGAAUCAUCACGAAGUGAACUUUUUUUGUAAUUUGAAUGAAAUUGGAUUCCGCCUAGUCGUCCUGAAUUGUUACCGAGUUCCUCUAUCUGUUUGUAUAUUUGCAAGCUCUUUGUAUUAUAAUACUUGUUGAUAUUUUCCCUUUUUUUAAAGAAAAAAAGAAAAAAAACCAUUGAAUUCAGCAUGACAAAAAAAA